GUUCUGCGGUUCUCGGACGCGGGUAUGUUACAUGAGCCACGUGGUCUCGGAACAACUUGUAAGACGGAGCUUCCCCACACACUCACUUACACUGGCCAUGGCUGCUACGGCACCGUCUCGCUCGCCUGCCGGUAAGCUAUCUGCUGACUGGAAGGGAACCAGCGCAACAGGUAACAGCACUAGGAAUUACAUCGGCGGAGAGUUCGUGGAUAGCACGUCAGAUAAAUGGCAUGACGUCCUUGAUCCCGCCACGCAGACAUUGUUGACACGCGUCCCUGAGACAACGCCAUCCGAGUUUGAUCGGGCUAUUGAGGCUGCCUCUCACGCCUACAAGUCAUGGAGUAGAACAAGCGUUCUUGCACGACAACGUUUUGUGAUCGAAUUGCAGCACUUGAUCCGCAAAAACGCCGAAGCUCUCGCUGACAGCAUCGUUUUACAGCAGGGUAAAACCCUCGCUGACGCACAUGGUGACGUCCUCCGUGGCUUGCAGGUCGUGGAAACGGCGAUCGGAAUUACCUCUACUCUAAUGGGCGAGAAAUUAGAAGUCAGCAGAGAUAUGGACACCGAGGUUCGCAAAGUCCCUCUCGGCGUAUGUGCGAGCAUAGCACCUUUCAACUUCCCAGCAAUGAUACCGUUGUGGACAAUUCCCAUGGCAACAGUCACUGGGAACACCCUCAUUCUCAAGCCCUCUGAACGUGACCCAGGCGCAGCAAUGAUAAUAGCGGAACUUUGCGAAAGAGCAGGACUUCCCGCGGGAGUGCUCAACGUUGUUCAUGGUACUGUUCCAAUUGUCAAUGCCAUAUGCGAUAGCCCUGCUAUCAAGGCGAUCAGCUUUGUCGGUGGGGACAGGGCAGGUCGUCACAUUUUUGAACGAGGCACCAGGAAUGGAAAGCGAGUGCAGGCUAAUAUGGGGGCUAAAAACCAUGCGGUACUGAUGUCCGAUGCCAACAAGAACCUUGCUCUCAACUCGGUACUGGGAGCUGCCUUUGGCGCCGCUGGGCAACGGUGUAUGGCCGUCUCCGUUGUUAUUCUCGUUGGAACUGCUCAGUCUUGGCUCCCUGACCUUGUCGAGCGGGCGAAGAAGUUACAAGUAAACGGAGGUUUCGAAAAAGGUGCAGACCUCGGUCCUUUGAUCUCGCCUGCUUCCAAGAAACGAGUCGAAGAAACCAUAUCUUCAGUUGAGCAGGAAGGUGGUCGAAUCCACCUUGAUGGCCGUGGGAUCUCGGUGCCAGGAUAUCCUAAUGGCAAUUUCGUCGGCCCGACUAUCAUAGAGGCAGACACGACUAUGAGGUGCUACCGGGAAGAGAUAUUUGGACCUGCACUCACAGUCAUUACUGCCGACACGCUGGACGAUGCUCUCGAUAUCAUCAAUGCAAAUCCGUACGGGAAUGGCGCUGUCAUCUUCACUCAGUCAGGGGCGACUGCACGUAAGUUCGAGACCGAGGUCAAUGUUGGUCAGGUUGGCAUCAAUGUACCCAUCCCUGUACCUCUUCCUAUGUUUGCUUGGAGCGGGAACAAGGGCAGUGUUUUGGGAGAUAUUGGGUUCUAUGGCAAGAGUGGGAUCAAUUUUUACACUCAGAACAAGACCACUACCAGUCUCUGGCGAGCAGAAGACGCCGUCGGAAAUCGGGCAUCAGUUAACAUGCCAACGAUGAACUAGUUGCGCUUGGCUUCAUCUAUUUCCGAAUUGACUUGGGUCGGUAAAUACUUUGUACUUAUACAUCGCACAACGGGUAUCAUUUCAACACGAAAGACCGAUUAUUUCCCCACAACCUCGUCUAAAAAUGCGUUAGAAAGAUUCGUGCACUGUUCAAAGCAUCGUUGGAACCCCGUCUGCACGACAAAAAUGUGAGUGUUUUUCCGCUGACAAGGGGCACAGGAUAGACGUACGAUACCACCAUAGUAAGGGUC